AGGCGGUUCGGCCCGAGGCACGUGUGUUCUUGGUCAGGCCGCCCCAUGCCCGCUACCUGUAUCACGAUCCGUAUGGCAGGGAUGUCGUUGUUGACCUCCGCGCUGCUCUUGUGGCUGCCGGCGGCCGGUCUGGGCAUCACCCGAGAAGGAGUGUGUCCUCGACAUGGUUGUGGUCGCUUGCUGUCCCCGCACGGAUCGGGGAAGCGUACGACUCGAGCUCGCUGGAGCUCGGGCUUGCCGCUGGCUUUUGUUGACGAGCCCGUCCUGGACUUGGACGGCACAGCUCUCGUGGGACAUUUGCAGCGGGAGCUCGCGUGAAAUCUCGGACUGGGCCUCGUCAUUUCCUUGACGGCCCCGUCGGGCCAACCCGAGCCAGUCUUUCGCCUCCCCGAAAGGAAGGCGCACUCGGAGUCCGCGCACCGGGGCCACAAGCAAGGCCGCUGCAGAGGCCGUGCGGACUGCGGCAGUCGCUGGCGGUGCCGAGCCGCCGGCGCCCAGCGUGACCGACCGGAGCCGCACCGUGGAGUCCUUCAUGAGCCGGCGGGCAGGGGAACAGCUCGCGGAGCAGGGCUGCCUACCGGAGCUCGACGCGCAGGUUCGGAAGCUGGGCUUCAGCCAGUUGCAACCGACGAGGUGGGUGGAUAAGCAGAUGAAGCCCGGAUCCCGGCUGUUCGCGAUCGGCGACUCCGUCAUGAUGCAGGCGCUGGCGCUCGGCAGGCCCGCGCUCGCCUGCACGCUGGCGCAGCCGUGCGAGGGCGCCCCGCCGUUCAUUGUUGGCGGCGCUCCGGCCUGGCAGGACGACUUGGAUCUAACAGACGAGCGGUGGACGCGCAAAGGCUGGCAUCACCUGACUCACUACAUGCUGCGAUCCAGCGAUGGAGGUCUCUCGGAGGUGGAGGGUUGGGUGGUGGCCCCCGCGGUCGGGAACAACGUCUCCGCGGUCGAAAGCGCGAUAGCUUUGCUGCGGGGCUGGCUGGAACAGGACGCCGAGCCGACCAAAGACGACGUGAUGCUGAUCGGGCUGCUCGGGAAUCACUUCGGCGGGGAUGGCGGUGGUCUCACGGCUUGGGACAAGUAUGCCGAGCUUCUCAUGAAGGACGUUGUCACGCCGUUCGUGGGGCGCGUGGUAAUGCUUGGUACUUCGCCACAGCACUUCAAAGUGGGCCAUCGAGACUACGAUGCUUCCCUAGAGCAGACCGACUGUGCGCCCAAUCCACAUCCAAGUGACGUGGAUGGCACAAGUCAGGAGACGGCCAUGCGAAGGAGCGACAUCUGGGGUUACAACGUCUGGCAUCAUAUGAAGAGCACGCGCGCACGAUUCGUGGACACACAGGAGUUUUUGCGCCCACUGUGGCGGUGCCAUCGCAAUCCGAAGGACUGCACACACUGGCAGGACCCAGUAGUUUCAAUUCAGGUCGGGAUGUUUCUGGAGGCGCUUCAGAAGAUUGCUUGAGUCUUCUGGGCAGUCUCCAGCUUCGACUCCUGCGGUCGUCUGGCGGGUGCCUCGUUGCGCUCUCGAACCGUUGUGACUGCAGAGAAUGACAAAUAGCCUGCACAGUGCGAGCUCGGCGCACAUUCGAUCGCUCUCUUCGUGCACCCCGCCUCCCCCAAGGGGGACGGACUCCUCUGGAAC